AUGGUGAAUUAUUAUAAAAUUCUGGGGGUACCUCGGGAUGCCUCGCCAGCUGACAUCAAGAAGGCUUACCACCAGCUGGCUUUGCAGGUGCAUCCUGACAAGAACCCAGAGAACAGGGAAGAGGCAGAGAAGAGAUUCAAACAAGUAGCCGAGGCCUACGAGGUCUUGUCAGAUGCCAGGAAACGCGAUGACUACGACAGUUCCAGAGAGAGUUACAUCCGAAGAGAAGACGAGGGCGACGACAGCCGAGAGACGAGCCGGCUAGAUGGAGAUCUGUUGUUCCAAAGGCCGUACGGCGUCUUUCACAACACUUGUGAUGGGGAUGACCUCUUCUCAGGGGAUUUUUUAUCAACCAGCCGCAUGAGCAGCGUCGGGGGCUGGCGCCAGCCCCAGGCCGAGGGAAGGUAUCACGCUUCCCUUUUUGACGCGGCUCCUGUUUUGGGCACAGGGUUCUCCACCUUUGUGACGCUGAGUUCUGGAAGAAACGCAGGCUCCACUUGGUCCUUCAUACCAUUCGUGGGCAGCGGCGGCGUGGGUCACUACAGACAGGUCACCACCUGCAGUCAGAUAGUGAAUGGCAGGAGAAUCGUAACAAAGAAAAUUUUUGAAAAUGGGAGAGAGUGGAUCGAAGUGGAAGAAGAGAGGAGGAUCCACUAA